CGUGUAGAACAGUAUUUUGUCGAUAUUAUAAAAAAUUACUUCACCUUUUUGCGUCCCUACUUCUUCUACAAUUUCUUGGCCUAUCGGUAUAAAAGUGAAUUCGAGUUUGCGAUGCUCCAGUUCAAUCUUUGUGUCUUCGAAGCAUCCAAAAUGAAAACUUUGAUCAUCCUUUCUGUUGUCAUCGCCUUAGCCGUAGCCUAUCCAGGAGGCUUAGGUGGCGGAUAUGGAGGUGGAUACGAAGGCGGUCAUGGUGGAGGAAGCGGAGGCGGUGACAAAGCCACCCAAAUCAUCCACGGAGGUCCAGUAGUGACCGGCCACUUCCAGAAUCCAGGAUUGGGAUAUUUCAACAACUACGCACCUAAGAUCGAAGGACCUCUUGUCCCCAGAGGAAUCGGCCCACACGUUCAAUCUGGUGGAAAAGGAGGUUAUGGAGGCAAAGGAUGGUAGAUGGAGCAUGGAGGCAGAGAUGAGUGCGGCGGCGGAUUCUUUAAUUUUUCUUGUUGAUUUUUAAGUGAUAUUCUGUUGUGAUGAUCUUAGGGUUAAUAAAUUAUCUUAAGUUUGUACAUAAA